AUGCAUUUCAAUCUUUUACAUAUAUUUAUCGGGCUAUUUCUUUGUUUUCGGACAAUUCUUGCCGCUGCCGAUUUCUACAAGGUCUUGGGAGUAAGCAAAGAUGCCUCUGAAGCAGACAUUAAGAAAUCCUACCGGCAAUUAACAAAGCAAUGGCAUCCUGACAAAAAUCCUGGAGAUGAGGAAGCUCAAGAAAAAUUUAUCGAAAUAAACAAGGCUAACGAAGUUCUUUCGGAUCCCGAACGAAGAAAAAUAUACGACGCAUACGGUGAAGAAGGAUUGAAUGGACAACCAAGAGGAGGGCCUGGUGGAGGUGGAUUUCCAGGAGGUGGUUUUGGAUUUGACCCUUUUGCUGACAUCUUUGAAAACAUGUUUGGGGGACGCCGUCGCCAAAAUGCCGUUCGUCGUGGACCAAGCAUUGAACAAGUUGCUCAAAUUGAUUUAGCCUCCUUUUAUACUGGUGGUAUUAUGGAAGUUGAGUUCCCUGUGAAACGCAUUUGUCACAUUUGUCAUGGUAAAGGAUAUAAUCCCAAGUAUUCAGAGGAUAAAGCAAUUCAUUCCUGUCCCAUCUGUGGCGGAGUUGGAUUCCGAGUUUUAGAGCAUAUGAUUGCCCCUGGUUUCCGCCAACAAAUGCGUAUACCUUGUGAUGCUUGUGGUGGAAGGGGUCGUUCUAUUAAACACAGGUGCCCUCAUUGUAAAGGAGAACGUGUUGCUGAAGUACGAGAAAAAUUUACGGUUGAGGUACCCGCAGGUGCUCCUCAAGAUUUCCGAGUUACAUUUUCUGGCAAGUCGGAUGAAAUUCCCGGACUUGAAGCUGGCGAUAUAGUUAUUAUACUUCAAGAAGCUGGUGAACAAAAUGGAUGGAUCCGUAAAGGCAACGAUUUGUAUAGAAAGGAAACGAUAUCAUAUCAACAAGCGCUCUUAGGUAAUUGGAAGAAGAGAAUCACAAAACUUGAUGGAAGCUUCUUUGAAAUUAAGCGUUCAUCUGGUGAAGUUAUUCAUCCCGGUCAAACUGAUCGUGUAAAGAACCAAGGAAUGCCUAUCUACAAUACCCAAAAGGGUAAAACCACUUCAGCUUUUGGCAACGCUUUCAUAGAGUGGGAAGUGAGGUUCCCUAAGAAAUUAAAAGGAAAAUUCUUAAAGGACUUAAAUAACUUGUUUUCUAAGUACGAGGAUACCGACGAGUUAUAA